AUGUUUAUCCUGAUUCGAAGAAAAUACAUACAACUAGUAGUGGUGAUUACAUUGCUUCUUACGGUUAUAGCGUCGUUAUUAUCGGUUUUAAAUGAGACUUCGAGAGUAAAGAUAAAUUCAAAACUUAGACUUAAUUAUCUUGAUAGGUUGACCAGCCAGAUAUACUCGGGGUACUUUGAAGGUAAGGACAAGGGAGACACAUUUGAUCCAGAAUCACGUUUCAAUAAGAAGAUUGAUGCAAUUUAUAAAGAAAAGAAGAACCAGGAGGAUGAUGAAAGCAGUUUGUGGAUAAUGGACACCACAACCAAGGGUUCCUCGCUCAAGGUUCCUCCAUAUUAUUAUGAUAUGUCGGACAAGCCGCCCAUUCUGCCGUUCGACAUUAGAUUCACAUUGGGAAUGUAUUACCACCAUAUAAGGAGUCAGUCUAAAAAGAACCCGAAGAAGAUUGUUUCGGCUCCGUUCCAUUGGUACGACUGGGUGGAUUUGUCGAUAUUGAACCAGUACUUAUUAGCACCAGCAAAGGAGAAGCCAACAUGUGCAUUAUUGGAUGCUAGAAUGGAUGAAAUCAAGGUUUUCCAGGAGAAGGACAAAAAGCAGAAGGAGAAGGAUUCCAAAUUAAAAGAAUUUGAACAAAACCAAAUUAAUAAAGAAGAGGACAAGAAGAAAAUUGAAGAAACCCAGAAGAAAAUUGAGGAAAACAAGAUUGAAGAUAAUAUAGAAAAACCGGAUGGGAAGAAUGAUGAAAAGAAGGAGAAUAAGGAAGAUAACAGUAUUGAUGGUAAGAAAGAAGAAAAGGAGCUAAACGAUGACAAGAACAAGAAAGAGAAGAGACACGUCAAGAGGGGAGAAUCUGUGGACCCCAAAGAAUAUUGUGUCGAUGACUUCCAUUUACCAAGCGAUUUCCAAGAUGGUAAUGCUGUAAGACCUGGAUUCAAUGUCUUUAAAAGCGAUAUGAGAACAACUCCUGACAAAGCUAUUCUUCUUGGAAAAUCAUACUUAUACACUUAUGCACCAACACCCUCAAUGAUUGUUUUCUUAACAAAGGAUGGAUCUUAUAAUAUUACCGUUAAAGGAAGGGAAAAAUUAUUGAAUUCUGAUUUGGUCGGUAGCUAUGUUAAUCAGGAAAAAACAAAAGCAAUUGAUCCCUUAACCGAGUUUAAUAAAUUGAAAAAGAAAGUGAAAGUUAAUUCCCAUCAAAGUAUUAAUGAUUAUGAAAUUAAUCUCACUGAAGAUUCCUUUAUUCUUAAACAUAAAGAACUUAUUAGCGAAUACGAAUCCAAAUUAAAAGAAAAUGGGAUAGCAGUUAAUGAGUAUCGCUAUUUAGAAUCCUUAAAGUAUUCGGAUAGCGAAGUUAAUCCUCCAAAGUAUUUUGCAGAAGCAAGAUUAAUCGGUAGUUUAGUUGGUGAUCAUUAUGAUUGGAGAUUUUUCAAUGGCGUUAUGUAUGAAGCAUCACAAAGAAGUUUGAUAUUGCACAGAUUGGUUAGAUCAUGGUUAUCGUUCAGUCGUAAGAAUGGUAUCAACACUUGGGUUGCGCAUGGAUCAUUAUUAUCGUGGUACUGGAAUGGGUUUUCUUUUCCAUGGGACUAUGAUAUUGAUGUGCAGGUUCCGGUUAUGGAUUUGCAUAAAUUGUCGUUACAAUUUAAUCAAACUUUAGUUGUCGAAGAUAUGGAAGAAGGCUAUGGAAGAUACUUUUUAGAUUGUGGAUCUUUUAUUACGUUAAGAGCCAAGGGGAAUGGUAAUAAUAAUAUCGAUGCCAGAUUUAUAGAUAUUGAUACCGGUAUCUAUAUUGAUAUUACCGGACUAGCGGUAUCGAACACAAAAUCGCCAGGUAGAUACAAGGAGUUCUAUCCUGAUCAGUGGGUUGAAAAUGCAGAAGAUUAUACGGAAGCUAAUACUGCAAUGAAGGCAUAUAACUGUCGUAAUAACCAUUUCUCAACAUUAGACGAAUUAUCACCUUUGGUAAAGACGUUUGUUGAAGGUGAAAUGGCUUACGUUCCAAGAAGAUACAGCGACAUUUUGUCUGUUGAAUAUCCUAAGGGAUUAUUAAGCAAACAAUAUAGUGGACAUGUGUUUAUACCCCAAUUGCGAUUAUGGGUUAAGGAAGGAGAUUUGUAUUAUUUCUUACAUGACAAGGAGAAGUGGAAGUUGCAUAACUACAAUGAAGAGUAUACUAACAUCGAGUCUCAAGAAGAUUUGGAUAAGGAGAAUGCUAGGUUCGAAUUGACCGAAACCCAAAAAGCAAAAUUAUUACAAGAAGCGGCAGCAAGGAAAAAAUUAGGUCAAACUCAGGACAAAUCAACCAAAUUGAGCGACAAAGAUUUGCGUACUAUUUCUAAUUUCAAACCUGAACAACUUCUUGAAUUACUAUCCAAAGAAGAACUUUUCAUUAAUUAUUGUCUGACUAGGGACUUUACUUUCUUUCAUCAAGAAGAAAUCAUGAGACUAUUGUUCGGCAAAUCUACCGACAAGUUACUCAAAUCACAAAAGGCAUUCAAGCCGUUUACUACUAAUUUGCUCGAUUAUUAUAUUCAUAAUAACGAUUAUAACUAUGAUCAUCAAGUCGACAAGUAUAUUGCUUUGCAGGCUGCGUAUUCAUCAUAA